AUGGCUCUCGUGAAAAUCUCCGAGAACUCUUAUCAGAUGAGUAGAUUUCAAUUUGAUAAAAAUUCGGAUCCAAAUCGGAGUCCCCGACGCAAACAACUUUCUAGCUUGGGAUUUUUCCGGAUCAAAAAGUCAAAUCCCUACUUCACGAUCGAGAUGGCAUCGAAAUUGCUCCGAUUUGCUUUGUGGUGGGCGUUGAGCUUGGGCAAAAAAAUUAAGAAAUACGUGUGCCUUUCCACCAUCGCCAAACUACCACCAGUGAGAAGCUAUAGAUUUAAUGGUUUAUUCUUUGAAUUUGAAGUGGCGAGGGUUAGACUUAGAAGGGAAGGAGAUGAGAUGGUGGCUUGGAGGAGGAAUUUGAUGGGAAAGAAGGAAGAAAGAAGUAGUGCGGCGGCUAUUGUGGAGAUGUCGCGAGCUGAGGAGCUGUGGGAGCGUUUGGUGCGUGCAGCUCUACGGAGACAAAGGCAUGGUGCCGAUGCCUUUGGCCGAGUUGAUGGUGGCAUUGCUGCCAAUGUCCCAUCUUCUCUUUCAAACAACAGGGACAUUGAUGACAUUCUUAGAGCUGCUGAUGAGAUUCAGGAUGAAGAUCCAAGUGUUUCGAGAAUAUUGUGUGAGCAUGCCUAUUCGCUGGCGCAAAACUUAGAUCCCAAUAGUGAGGGAAGAGGUGUAUUGCAGUUCAAGACUGGUUUGAUGUCUGUAAUCAAGCAAAAAUUAGCAAAACGAGAAGGUGGAAGCAUUGAUAGAAGCCGAGACAUCGCUCGCUUGCAAGAGUUCUACAAGCGUUACAGGGAGGCAAAUGAUGCAGAUAAGCUGCGCGAAGAGGAAAUGAAGUUGAGGGAGUCGGGAAUUUUUAGCGGCAACCUUGGAGAGUUGGAGCGCAAGACUGUUAAAAGGAAAAGGGUUUUUGCGACCCUGAAAGUGUUAGGGACUGUUUUAGAGCAAUUGACAAAGGAAAUCCCUCCUGAAGAAGCAGACAAAUUGAUUUCGGAAGAGAUGAAACGAGUUAUGGAAUCAGAUGCAGCUAUGACUGAUGAUCUUGUUGCGUACAAUAUUAUCCCCUUGGAUGCUCCUACAACAACAAAUGCUGUUGCAUUUCUUCCUGAGGUUCGCGCAGCAGCUUCAGCUAUAAAAUACUUCAGGGGUCUACCAAAAUUGCCGGCUGGCUUUCCGAUACCGCCAACAAGGAAUGCUGACAUGUUUGAUUUUCUACAUUUUACAUUUGGAUUUCAGAAAGAUAAUGUUUCUAAUCAACGUGAACAUGUGGUGCAUCUCCUUGCAAAUGAGCAAAGUAGACUUCGUGUUCUUGAAGAUCCUGAGCUGAUAUUGGAUGAAGCGGCAGUUCAUUGUGUGUUCCUGAAGUCCCUCGAGAACUACAUUAAUUGGAGUAAAUAUCUGGCAAUUUUACCAGUAUGGAGCAAUCUGGACGCUGUGAGCAAGGAGAAGAAGUUGCUGUUUAUUUCUUUGUACUUUCUUAUCUGGGGUGAAGCUUCGAAUAUCCGAUUUCUCCCAGAAUGCUUAUGCUAUAUUUUUCAUCAUAUGGGACGGGAACUAGAAGAAAUCUUACGUCAGCAGGUUGCGCAGCCUGCAAACAGUUGUGUCUCUGAGAAUGGUGUUUCAUUUAUUGAUCAAGUAAUUCGUCCUUUAUAUGAUGUUGUUGCUGCGGAAGCUUUGAACAAUGACAAUGGCCGAGCACCACAUUCUGCAUGGAGAAAUUAUGAUGAUUUUAAUGAAUAUUUCUGGUCCCUUCGUUGCUUCGAACUUAGUUGGCCAUGGCGGAAGAGUUCUUCAUUCUUCUUGAAGCCUGCCCGUAGAUCAAAGAAUGUUUUGAAAUCUGGAGGAGGUAAACGUCGGGGGAAAACAUCGUUUGUGGAGCACAGAUCAUUUCUGCAUCUUUAUCAUAGUUUCCACCGUCUCUGGAUUUUUCUUGUUAUGAUGUUUCAGGGUCUUGCUGUUAUUGCGUUUAACAAUGGGAGCUUUGACUCCAAGACCAUACGGGAACUUCUCAGUCUGGGACCGACAUAUGUUGUGAUGAAGUUUAUUCAGAGUGUCCUGGACAUUGUGAUGAUGUAUGGUGCAUAUUCCACAUCAAGGCGCUUAGCAGUGACACGGAUUUUUCUUCGUUUUGUCUGCUUUAGUUUAGCUUCAGUCUUCAUAUGCUUUCUCUACAUCAAGGCUCUUCAGGAUCCUGGGUCAAUAUUAUUUAAAAUUUAUUAUGUGGUUCUUGCAAUUUAUGCUGGACUCCAUGUGUCUUUGAGUGUUGUCAUGCGAAUACCAGCCUGUCAUAGUUUAGGCAAUCUAGUUGACAACUGGCCGUUGGUCCGGUUCAUAAAAUGGAUGCACCAGGAGCACUAUUAUGUUGGUCGCGGCAUGUAUGAGAAAACAUCAGACUUUAUUAAGUACAUGAUGUUCUGGCUGCUCGUCCUGGGGUGCAAAUUUUCUUUUGCUUAUUUCAUACAAAUAAAGCCCUUAGUUAAACCUACAAGGCUUAUAACAGAGAUGAAUAUCACUUCCUAUUCUUGGCAUGACCUUGUGUCUCAGCAUAAUCAUAAUGCUCUGACAGUGGCAAGCUUAUGGGCACCCGUGUUUACCAUGUACCUCUUGGAUAUAUACAUAUUCUACACAGUUAUAUCUGCUGUGCUAGGUUUCUUGCUUGGUGCAAGAGAUCGCCUUGGGGAGAUAAGAUCUUUGGAUGCUGUCCAUAAACGUUUUGAAGGCUUCCCUUCGGCGUUCAUGGAUACACUUCAUGUUCCUAUUUCAAACAGGGCCUCUCUCCAAUCAUCUGGUCAGGCUGUGGAGAGAAUUAAGGCAGACGCUGCUCAUUUUGCUCCCUUCUGGAAUGAAAUUAUCAAGAAUCUUAGAGAGGAAGAUUACAUCACAAAUCUGGAAAUGGAGUUGCUUCUGAUGCCAAAGAAUUCUGGGAAUCUGUCAAUGGUCCAGUGGCCCCUAUUUCUCCUAGCCAGCAAGAUAUUCCUUGCCAAGGAUAUUGCAGUUGAAAGUAGGGAUUCACAAGAUGAUUUAUGGGAUAGGAUCUCAAAGGAUGAUUACAUGAAGUAUGCAGUUCAAGAGUGCUACCACACUAUCAAGCUAAUAUUCACAGAAAUAUUGGACGACGAACAAAAUGAUGAAGGAAAGAAGUGGGUUGAGAGGAUAUAUGAAGACAUUAAUGGAUGCAUUGUUAAGAAGAGUAUCCAUAUGGACUUACAACUGGACAAGCUAUCACUUGUUAUUCAGAAAGUUACUGCUCUUAUGGGAAUUCUGAAAGAGGAGUAUUCAGCAGAGCUUGAAAGUGGAGCUAUAAAAGCAAUUCAAGAUCUUUAUGAUGUCAUGCGGCUUGAUGUGCUUAACAUAAAUUUGAGAGACAACUAUGAAACAUGGAAUGUGUUGUCGAGAGCAAGGAAUCAGGGUCGUCUCUUUCAGAAGCUGAAGUGGCCCCGAGAUGCUGAGUUGAAAUGGCAAAUUCGAAGGUUGUAUUCCCUUCUAACUAUCAAAGAUUCUGCUGCAAGCAUCCCGAAAAACCUCGAAGCAAGGCGCCGAUUGGAGUUUUUUACAAAUUCUCUCUUUAUGGAAAUGCCAACUGCUAAGCCCGUCCGUGAAAUGUUAUCCUUCAGCGUUUUCACACCGUAUUAUUCCGAGAUUGUGCUUUACAGCAUGUCUGAUCUUCUUGAGAAAAAUGAAGAUGGGAUUUCAACAUUGUUCUACCUUCAGAAGAUAUAUCCUGAUGAAUGGAAAAACUUUCUUGCCAGGAUUGGGCGUGACGAGAAUACGUCUGAGGCAGAACUGAAUGAUAACCCAAAUGAUAUCCUUGAACUUCGAUUUUGGGCUUCUUACCGAGGACAGACAUUGGCUAGAACUGUACGCGGCAUGAUGUAUUAUAGGAAAGCUCUCAUCCUUCAAGCUUAUUUAGAGCGAAUGAUCAUUGGAGGCAUGGAAUCUGCAAUCUCAAGAAAUGAAGUAACAGACGUUGACAAUUUUGAGUUAUCUCCUGAGGCAAGAGCUCAGGCUGAUCUGAAAUUUACGUAUGUUGUUACGUGCCAAAUUUAUGGGAAGCAGAAAGAAGAACGGAAGCCGGAGGCUGCUGAUAUUGCCUUAUUAAUGCAAAGAAAUGAAGCUCUUCGGGUUGCUUUUAUCGAUGUGGUCGAGACUUUGAAGGAUGGUAAAGUGCAGACAGAGUAUUUCUCGAAACUUGUUAAGGCUGACAUCAAUGGGAAAGAUAAGGAAAUCUAUUCAAUAAAAUUGCCGGGGAAUCCUAAACUUGGCGAAGGGAAACCUGAAAAUCAAAAUCACGCUGUUGUCUUUACUCGUGGAAAUGCUAUGCAGACAAUUGAUAUGAAUCAGGAUAAUUACUUUGAGGAAGCUUUGAAAAUGAGAAAUCUUCUAGAAGAAUUUCAUCGUGAUCAUGGAAUUCGUGCUUCAACCAUCCUUGGGGUGCGGGAGCAUGUAUUUACGGGAAGUGUUUCUUCAUUGGCAUCUUUCAUGUCUAAUCAAGAAACCAGCUUUGUAACUCUUGGUCAGCGAGUUCUAGCAAAACCAUUGAAGGUUCGUAUGCAUUAUGGCCAUCCGGAUGUUUUUGACAGAGUAUUUCACAUAACGCGAGGUGGUAUAAGCAAAGCAUCUCGUGUUAUUAACAUCAGCGAAGAUAUUUAUGCAGGGUUCAACUCAACUCUGCGUCAAGGAAAUAUUACACACCAUGAGUACAUACAGGUUGGCAAGGGAAGAGAUGUUGGCCUCAACCAGAUUGCUAUAUUUGAGGGCAAGGUUGCUGGUGGUAAUGGUGAACAAGUGCUUAGCAGGGAUGUUUACAGACUUGGUCAACUCUUUGAUUUCUUCAGAAUGUUGUCAUUCUUUUUCACAACCGUGGGUUACUAUUUGUGUACCAUGUUGACUGUACUGACUGUGUACAUCUUUCUCUAUGGAAGAGCGUACCUGGCUUUAUCAGGGGUUGGUGAAACUAUUCAAGUGAGGGCAAGAAUACUGGACAAUACUGCCUUAAGUGCUGCCCUGAAUGCUCAGUUUUUGUUUCAAAUUGGUGUCUUCACGGCAGUACCAAUGGUUUUGGGCUUCAUCUUGGAACAAGGUUUCCUAAGGGCUCUUGUAAGUUUCGUCACCAUGCAAUUCCAGCUCUGUACAGUCUUCUUUACAUUCUCGCUAGGCACAAGAACUCAUUACUUUGGUCGAACUAUUCUCCACGGCGGUGCUAGCUAUCAAGCAACUGGUAGGGGGUUCGUGGUGCGGCACAUCAAGUUCUCAGAAAAUUACAGGCUUUAUUCCCGUAGCCACUUUGUCAAAGGAAUGGAAGUGGUGCUUUUGUUGGUGGUGUAUCUUGCAUAUGGCUAUAAUGAAGGGGGCGCUAUUGGAUACGUUCUUCUUACUGUUAGCAGCUGGUUCCUGGCUAUCUCAUGGCUUUUUGCUCCAUAUUUAUUUAACCCAUCUGGAUUUGAGUGGCAGAAGACUGUGGAGGACUUUCGUGAUUGGACAAACUGGCUUCUUUACAGAGGCGGAAUUGGGGUUAAAGGAAAAGAAAGUUGGGAAGCCUGGUGGGAUGAGGAGCUGGCUCAUAUCCGGACUUUGAGGGGUAGGGUACUUGAGACCAUUCUUAGCUUGCGAUUCUUCAUAUUCCAGUAUGGUAUAGUUUACAAGCUGAAUAUACAAGGUUCAAAUACGUCAUUGUCGGUCUAUGGCUUUUCAUGGGCAGUGUUCGCAGUACUACUACUUCUUUUCAAGGUUUUCACAUUCAGCCAGAAGAUAUCGGUUAAUUUUCAGCUGCUGUUGCGAUUCGUCCAAGGUGUUUCCUUUCUGCUUGCUCUGGCCGGUUUAGCUGUUGCAGUUGUGUUUACAGAGCUGUCUGUGCCGGAUAUAUUUGCAUGCAUCUUAGCUUUUCUACCCACUGGAUGGGGAAUUCUCUCUAUUGCAAUAGCUUGGAAACCUCUGGUAAAGAAGAUGGGAUUGUGGAAGUCUGUUCGAUCAAUUGCUCGGUUGUAUGAUGCUGGGAUGGGAAUGAUCAUCUUCAUUCCAAUCGCGCUCUUCUCAUGGUUCCCAUUUGUUUCGACUUUCCAAACUCGGUUGAUGUUCAACCAAGCCUUCAGUAGAGGUCUCGAGAUAUCCCUCAUCCUUGCUGGAAACAAUCCAAACUCGGGCCUGUGA